AUGAGAUAUUGUAUCUCCACUGUCAGAUUCUCAAUUUUUAUAAAUGGUGCACCUGAUGUUUCCUUUCUUGCUCAAAGGGGUCUGAGGCAGGGAGAUCUUCUUUCCCCCUUUCUUUUUAUCAUUGUCAUGGAGGGCCUAAAUAACAUGAUUAAGAUGGGCAGGGAAAAUGAAUGCCUCAGAGGUUUUGAGGUAGCUACUUCUCCAACCUCAAACUCAACUGGCAACAUGGAAGUAACUCACCUACAGUAUGCCGAUAACAUGCUAAUAUUUUGUGAUGCGGAUGAAAGGCAACUAUUGAUUCUGAGAUUAGCCUUGGUGUUGUUUGAAGGUGUUUCAAGAUUGCACAUCAAUUGGAGAAAAAGUCAGUUGUACCCUAUUAAUGAAGUCUCUAAUAUGGUGGAUCUGUCUGGGAUUCUGGGAGGGGAAAUUGGUUCCUUGCCUACUAUGUAUCUGGGCAUGCGUUUAGGAGCCAAGUCAAAGACUCUAAACAUUUGGAAUCCUGUGAUUGAAAAAUGUGAUAAGAAGCUUACUAGAUGA